AUGUGGAAAGUCCCUUCCGGACCAAGACUAAUUCUCUUUAUGAACACAAGCAACAUGUAUACGACAGAGCUUAAGCCAGCGUACAACGAUCCCAAUUACUUAAUACAGCCUCAUUCGACCCUACCUACUGCGGUUGCCGAUAAGGAAGAAGAUGUGAACUACAUGCUUGGAUACAGAGCUGCACUUAAGAAGAAGAGAAGGCCUUCUUCUUCUCUCGAAUCUGACGUGGUCUACGAAGAAAAGGAAGACAUUGAUUACUUGACGUACCAGCGCUCAAAUAAUGCUGAUCGCACGAAAAGUUAUAGAGCUAAUCAAAAGAAGAAAACAAAUGUGACGGAAACUGACAACGAAAAAAAGGAGAAUGGUUCUCGGUGGGAAGAACAGCGCAGCCAGUAUGCUUCCUAUAUACGUGAGUAUCGAGUUGCGCAAAAAGAGCAUUUGCAAAUGUAA